AUGGCGACCCUCGUCGACAACGCGCAGAUCAAGCAUGCCGAGCUGCUGCGGCCCCUUCCUUUCCACUUUCACGCCUACGUCUGGCCCUUUCUCGUCAUCUGGCCCGUCUUCCUCCGCUAUUACCUGACGCAGAGCCUCUACGAAACGUACAUUGGCGCCCCCGAAUGGACCUUUGUCUGGUGCGGAACCAUCAUCACCAUCCAGUCGCUCGUGUGGUUGAGCACGCACUGGAGCGUCACGCUCGACGCCCGUCUCACGGCGACCAAGGUCAAGCAUGUUCGGGAAGCGUCUCUGAUCAAGGUUCUCCCCAUAGCCAACGCCGGCGCGGGAGAGGUUUGCAAGUUGGUUCGCGACAAGGCCGGCGGCAAGACAAACAUCUCCUUCUUGUUCCAGAAACGUCGCUUCCUGUACGACGCCGAGAAGAACUCGUUCAGUUCGCUCCGCUACGACAUCGACGCCGAACCGAAGCCUUCCGUCGGUAGCUUCCAGUCCUCGCGCGGCCUCGAGAAGCAGGCGGAGCUGUCCCGUCUCGAGCAGCACUACGGCGCCAACACCUUCGACAUCCCCGUUCCCACCUUUACCGAGCUCUUCAAGGAGCACGCCGUGGCCCCCUUCUUCGUCUUCCAGAUAUUCUGCGUCGGCCUCUGGCUCCUCGACGACUACUGGUACUACUCCCUCUUCACCCUCUUCAUGCUCGUCGCCUUCGAGAGCACCGUCGUUUGGCAGCGCCAGCGCACCCUCACCGAGUUCCGUGGCAUGAGCAUCAAGCCGUACGACAUCUGGGCCUUCCGUCUCGGCAGGUGGACCGAGAUCCAGACCGACGCUCUCCUGCCUGGCGAUCUCGUCUCGGUCGGCAGGACCAAGGAGGACGGAGGCGUCGCGUGCGACAUGCUCCUCGUCGAGGGCGCCGCCAUCGUCAACGAGGCCAUGCUGUCGGGCGAGAGCACCCCGCUGCUCAAGGAUUCGAUUCGGCUGCGCCCGUCCGACGUGGCGCUCGACCCCGACGGCCUGGACAAGACGGCCUUCCUCUGGGGCGGCACCAAGGUCCUCCAGGUGACGCACGAGAACUCGGACGAGGCGAAGCCGCUGCUUCCCUCGGGCGUCCCCCCGCCUCCCGACAAGGGCGCCAUGGCCAUUGUCAUCAAGACGGGCUUCGAGACGUCGCAGGGCAGCCUCGUUCGCACCAUGAUCUACUCGACGGAGCGCGUCUCGGCCAACAACUUGGAGGCGCUUCUCUUCAUCCUCUUCCUCCUCAUCUUCGCCAUCGCCGCCUCGUGGUACGUCUGGGACGAGGGCGUCCGCAAGGACCGCAAGCGCUCGAAGCUGCUGCUGGACUGCGUCUUGAUCGUCACCAGCGUCGUCCCCCCCGAGCUGCCCAUGGAGCUCAGCCUUGCCGUCAACACCAGCCUCGCGGCGCUCUCGAAGCUCGCCAUCUUCUGCACCGAACCCUUCCGGAUUCCCUACGGCGGCCGCAUCGAUGUCGCCUGUUUCGACAAGACGGGCACCCUCACCGGCGAAGACUUGGUCGUCGAGGGCAUCGCGGGCUUGGGCCUCGCCAACGCGAGCAUCGCCGACAGGAAGGAGGCCGACGGCGCUCACUCCGACAUGACGCCUGUCGCGGACGCGACGCUCGAGACGCAGCUUGUCCUCGCGACGGCCCACGCCCUCGUGAAGCUCGACGAGGGGGACAUUGUUGGCGAUCCCAUGGAAAAGGCGACCCUCGGCUCGCUGGGUUGGUCGCUUGGUCGUGGCGACUUGCUCUCGAGCGCCGCCAAGGCCGGCAGCACGCAAGGCGUCGUCCAGAUCAAGCGGCGCUUCCAAUUUUCGUCGGCGCUUAAGCGCCAGAGCUCCGUCGCCACCGUCAACGGCUCCAACUCCAAGACGGGGACGAGGAUCAAGGGUACCUUUGUCGGCGUCAAGGGCGCACCGGAGACGAUCAUGGAGAUGCUCGUUCGCGUGCCCGACGACUACGAGGAAACGUACAAGUACUUCACGCGCAAGGGCUCUCGUGUUUUGGCUCUCGCCUACAAGCAGCUGUCGGUCGACUCGGAGCUCGGUGCCGGAAAGCUCAACGACCUGAAGCGUGAAAAGGUCGAGAGCGACCUCCACUUUGCCGGUUUCCUAGUGCUGCACUGCCCGCUGAAGGACGACGCCAAGGAAGCGGUGCAGAUGCUGAACGAGAGCAGCCACCGAGUGGUGAUGAUCACGGGCGACAACCCCCUGACGGCCGUCCACGUGGCACGCGAGGUGGAGAUUGUCGACCGCGACGUGCUGAUCCUGGAUGCUCCCGAGGACCACCAUGAUGGUGGGCAGAGGCUCGUCUGGAAGAGCGUCGAUGACAAGGUCAGCAUCCCGGUUGACCCCUCGAAGCCAAUCGACGGCGAGAUCCUCGAGACCAAGGACCUCUGCGUCACCGGCUACGCCUUGGCCAAGUUCAAGGGCCAGGUCGGCUGGAACGCGCUGCUGCGCCACGCCUGGGUGUACGCUCGCGUCUCCCCCAAGCAGAAGGAGGAUAUCCUCCUCGGGCUCAAGGACAUGGGCUACUACACCCUCAUGGCCGGCGACGGCACCAACGACGUCGGCGCUCUCAAGCAGGCUCACAUCGGCAUCGCCCUCCUCAACGGAACGAAGGAGGACCUGACGCGCAUCGCCGAGCAUGCCCGAAACACGCGCAUGAAGGACAUGUACCAGAAGCAGAUCGACCUGAUGAAGCGCUUCAACCAGCCCGCCCCACCGGUGCCGGCCUUGAUCGCGCACCUGUAUCCCCCCGGCCCGACGAAUCCCAACUACAUGAAUGCCAUCGAGCGCGAGGCGAAGAGCAAGAAGAUGUCGGUGGAGCAGUACGGAGCCAAGUAUGGCAUCGUGACGGAGACGAUCACGUCGCCGGGGGCGCAGAGCCUAGCCAACGAUGGGCGCAACGCCCGUCAGGCCGAGGUGAACAAGAGGGCCGCCGGAUUCGCGGACAAGCUGGCGUCGGGCAUGCUGGAGGCCGAACUCGGCGACGACGAACCCCCGACGCUGAAGCUGGGCGACGCUUCCGUCGCGGCGCCCUUCACGUCGAAGCUCCGAGACGUCAUGGCGAUUCCCAACAUCAUCCGACAGGGUCGAUGCACGCUGGUGGCGACGAUUCAGAUGUACAAGAUCCUGGCCCUCAACUGCCUCAUCAGCGCCUACUCCCUGUCGGUGCUCUACCUCGAAGGCAUCAAGUUUGGCGACACGCAGUAUACCAUCAGCGGCAUGCUCAUGUCGGUCUGCUUCCUGAGCAUCUCGCGCGCCCGCGUGGUGGAGGGUCUGAGCAAGGAACGGCCGCAGCCGAACAUAUUCAACGUGUACAUAAUCGGUUCCAUCCUCGGCCAGUUUGCCGUUCACAUUGCGACGCUCAUCUACAUAUCACGGCUCUGCGACAAAAUCGCGCCGCGCUCGACGGAGGGGCUUGAUUUGGAAGCGGAGUUUGAGCCGUCGCUGCUGAAUUCGGCGAUAUAUCUCCUCCAGCUCAUCCAGCAAGUCUCCACCUUUGCCAUCAACUACCAGGGCCGGCCGUUCCGCGAGGCGCUGUCGGAGAACAAGGCCAUGUUUUACGGCAUCGUCGGCGUGUCCGGACUGGCCUUUGUCUGCGCGCUCGAACUCAUUCCCGAGAUCAACGAGGGCAUGAAGCUCGUGCCCUUUACCGACGAGUUCAAGAUGAAGAUGGCUUCGUCGAUGCUCGUGGACUACGGGCUGUGCUUCGUCAUCGAGAAGAGCCUAAAGUGGGGCUUCAGCGACUAUCGCCCCCGCGACAUUGCCCAUCGCCGCCCCGAGCAGCUCGAGCGAGAGGCAGCGCGCAAGCAGGCCGUGGAGGAGAAGAAGGUGGAGGAGGAGGAGAAGCAGCGGCUCGAGAAGGUGGCCGAGUUUGAGCGCCAGGUGGAGGAGCGCAAGAGGAAGCUGCGCGAGUGGAGGGCCGGCCGGUCGUCGUAG